AUGUGUAGGCCAACUUCUUCGUCAUCUCAGAAGCAUCAACUCUUGGCUUUGGGAAAAUGGUCUCGUCUCUUGGCGGAAGCCCUUCGCCCAGUCAACGGGCUUGAAAGCCGCCACCUGCGGAUUGCCGAAAUCGGAAGACGCUUUGAGGAAGAACUGCUGUUUGUUGGGCCAAGAUUUGUCUUGGUGAUUGUCACUAGCGCUCCCAAGCCCAUCAGCAAGAAAUAUACGGCAAACACCAAUCCUAAUAAGGCUCCCGAGCCCCUGAUCAUCAAAUUUCAGAUAUAA